AUGGUCUAUGCUGGCCAUACUGCUCCUUUGCAGCAAUAUGUCAAGUUCAAUUUUGUUGGGAAAUUGCUUGGACCAAGAGGAAACUCUUUAAAGAGGUUACAAGAAGAAACAGGUGCAAAAAUGUCCAUCCUGGGAAAAGGAUCCAUGAGGGAUAAAGCUAAGGAGGAAGAACUAAGGAAAAGUGGAGAGGCCAAAUACGCGCACUUGAGUGAUGAGCUCCACGUAUUAAUUGAAGUGUUUGCUCCGCCUGGGGAAGCAUAUUCUCGUAUGAGUCAUGCCUUGGAAGAAAUAAAAAAAUUCCUGGUUCCUGAUUAUAAUGAUGAAAUUCGCCAGGAGCAGCUGAGAGAACUCUCGUAUUUGAACGGUUCUGAGGAUUCAUCACGUGGACGGGGCAUUCGAGGAAGAGGGAUCCGUGUGCCACCUGCAGCUCCUUCAAGGGGCCGUGGGGGUGCCAUUCCUCCCCCGCUGCCAGGACGAGGUGCCCAGGCACCCCGAGGAGCGCCGGUGACGCGUGGAGCGCUCCCUGUCCCGCCGGUGGCCAGAGGCGUUCCCACCCCUCGAGCCAGAGGCGCCCCGUCCGUGCCGGGCUACAGAGCACCCCCGCCGCCCGCACACGAGGCCUACGAGGACUAUGGAUAUGAUGAUGGAUAUGGGGGUGAAUAUGAUGAUCCAAGCUAUGAGGCAUAUGAUAACAGUUAUGCCACCCAAACACAAAGUGUGCCUGAAUAUUAUGACUAUGGUCACGGAACAAGUGAAGAGGCUUAUGACAGCUACGAGACUCACAGGCACUGGACAGCUAAGCAGCAGAUCUGCUGGGAAGUGGUCAGAUUUUUGGAGCCUUAGGGAAGUACUGUACCUUUUGAAUGGUGUUCAGGGAAUUGAGAGUGCUCAACAUCAUUUGCAAUAAAUCACUGGCUUCUGAAGGACUGAGCCUCAGGCUGGGACUCUGCACAGCCUUGAGUUCUGGACCUGCCAUUACAACCCUCUCUAGGAUAUGCCACCAGUCAGACUUACAGUGAUCUUCCACUCUGUCAGGUGAGCUGUAGUAUUUUUCUAUAUGGCUUUAGUUUAUUUCAAAUGUGAGAUAAUUAAGUCACCUCAGUCUGCAA